AUGUCCUACCGACACCCGUCCCCGCCCAUCGACUCCCCGCCCUCCGACUCGGACCAGAUGCUCUUCGGGCCCCUCGACCUCGACGACCCGCGUCCGUACGACUCCCCCAGCGCCUUCAGCUGGCCUGCCGCGUCCGACAUGGCUGCCCGGCCCUCGACCGCGUCCACCCAGUACGACUACUCCUCCCCCGUGCUCAACAGCGACCCCAUGUUCGAGUUCCCGCCCUCGAGCGCGUUCGACGACAACACCUUCUACUUUAGCCACUGGCUCAACGAGUCCGAGCUCCUCCCCUCCGAGCCCGCCUCCGCACCCAUCCCCAUCCCCGCCCCCAACCUCAUAUUCUCUCCCCACGUCCAAGGCCACCACCAGGUAAAGGAGCACGAGAUCUCUCCGCCCGCGAUCGACUUUGCCGCACUCACCCUCCCGAGCCCCAACUCGCCCUGGGAGCGCCCUCACACCGCGGACGGCCUUUACGCAGAGUCCGUCAAGUGUCACUCGCCUCCGCCGACGGGCCUGCCCCCGCCGUCCUGGGCCGCGCACCUGUGGGACACCCCCAACUCUUCCGGAAGCGAGAACCUCCCAUCAUCUGUCGAAGACCCGCCCCUAUCAGACGAUGCCUAUGCUACGCUGCGGCAGCGAAUUCCUAUCCCACGCUCCACCCCCUCUCUCGGCCAGGUAUUUCACCCCUCCAGCGCCCCGUCGGCGAUUGAGACUCGUCCGCCGAGGCUCGCCCGCGGGUACAGCAGGCGCGCCGAGUCCGUCAGCGAGUCCAACGGCGACCGCGACGCGACCGUCCGCAAGAAGCGCCGCUCCAUGGGCAGCAGCCAGCAGCAGGAAGAACCUCGGACCACCGUGAAGAGCGAGUCGUCUCCGCAGAAGUCGGUCCUGCGCCCACCCAAGCUCGCGCCCUCGGCCUGGCAGCUGUAUUUCACAGACUGGAUCCAGCGCCAUCAGGCUACCAGUGACAGGAAGCUCAACGUCGCCCAGGCUGCCAAGGAAGCCGGUCAAGAGUAUGCCGGCCUAUCAGCCGAAGAGAAGGAGCCGUACAAACGCAAGUCACAGGCACUCAAAGACGCCCGCGAACGCGAAUACGACGCGUACAUCCGUUCCCUGACUCCGGAUGAGAUCAAGCGCGAGAACGUCUUCCGCACUGCGCAGCGCAAGGCCGGAAAGUCGCGCAAGGGUAAUAUCAAGGACCCCAACGCGCCGAAGAAGCCGCUCAGCGCGUACUUUAUGUUCCUGCAGCGUAUUCGCUCCGACCCAGAGCUAGUCAAAGAGGUGUUUGGUGACGAGACGGAGACCACUAAGCAAAGCGUUUUAGCUGCGCACAAGUGGCGCUCGAUGACCGAUGAUGAGCGCAAGCCGUUCUUGGCACAAGCCGAGCAGGAGAAGAUGGAAUACGAAGCUGCGCGGAGGCUGUAUGAGGAAGGCACCGUUGGUUUCGAAACCAGCAUUAACUUUAGCGUCCUCCCCGGCAGCCCCAUUCAGACAGCGAUCAUCCCUCGAUCCAACAAAGCGGUUACCGUCGUCAAGUCCGAACCUCUUACAAGCUCCGAGAGCGAGAGCGAGCCGCUGACCGAGGACGACGGUGAUCACUACAUGCGAGCUUGA